AUCGUUUUUAGGUUAGGUCUCUUUUUUUGUUGAUUUCGUGAUUAACAAAUAGUUUAUCGGCAAAAUGACCAGAACUCAUGGUUAUCGUCGCGGUACCCGGGACAUGUUCUCCCGCCCCUUCCGCAAGCAUGGAGUUAUCCCAUUGUCCACAUACAUGAAAGUAUACAAAUGUGGCGACUAUGUCGACAUCAAGGGUCACGGUGCCGUUCAUAAAGGUAUGCCAUUCAAAGCGUAUCACGGAAAAACUGGGCGCGUUUACAACGUAACGAAGCACUGCUUGGGCGUCAUUGUCAACAAAAGACACCGCGGAAAGAUCCUUCCCAAGCGUAUCAAUGUCCGUGUUGAGCACGUCGAGCAAUCCAAAUGCCGUACCGACUUCUUGCGUCGCGUCAAGGAAAACGAUGCCAAGAAACGCGAGGCUCGUGCUAAGAAACAAAAGAUCAUCUGCAAACGUAAGCCCGUCGAACCAUCUGAAGCUAAGAUUAUCUCUAAUCCACCAGAACCAAUCAGACUGGCACCAAUUCCAUACGAAUUCAUUGCUUAAACAAACAAAUGAUUGAAGAACGCCAAUAAACUGAUUCAAAUAAAUAUUUCGCAAGAAAUAAA